UAGAUCUCACCUCAAAAUUGAUGCACGUAUACAUAACCAUACACUAAAAACAGUGAGACUCAGUGUUAACCUUAAACUGCCACCCUAAUUGUUAUUCAAUAAUUAUCAUAAUUUCAACUAACAUUCAUCAGACUUCAAGGCAUAUCUGCUAAAGACAAGAUCCUUGAAUGGAUAGAAUGGCAGGCCCGUCGAGUUCGCAGACGCAAACAGAGACUGUCCUGGAGGGAGAUGUCAGCGAUGGUCCACAGGAAGUUCCAACAAUAACGUUAUGCCUCCGAAAGCCAAGAUCAAGCAAAAAAGUCCAGUGGACAUCGGGAACAGUGGACAAUGAGAACAUGAACAAGAAAAAAUCAAAAUGUUGUUGUAUCUACGAGAAACCGAAGGACUUUGGAGAGAGCAGCUCAGAGGAUAGUGACGACGAAUGUGAGCACUGUCAUGGGCACAAGGAGGCCCAUAAAAAGGCCAUAGCACCACAAAGGGAUAAUAGCAUAUCAUCGCAACUUGAACCAAUUGUUACUGGCUCCACCUGAAACCUUACCGACCUCCUAGGACUGAAUGCUCUGGAUUGUAUAAAUUUUACAAUAGUUUAGUUCAUACAACUUAAUAUUUAAUUAAUUUAUCAAUGACGUUUUCCAUGAUUAUAUCCAGCUUUGACGCUCGCAAUGUUUCGAUACGCAGUACAAACCUGUUUGACUUAACAAUCCAAUAUUCCCUUUCACGAAGAGCAUCACUUAAAACAAUUAAAAUACUGUAGAUCACAACGUGGAAAUAAGCUGGAGUUUAAAAAUACUAAUAUUGUAGCUUUCCAACAUUGAGAUCAGAGCCAUUCGAUACAAUAUUGUCGGCUGAAAGUAACAUUUAACUUUAACUCCCCUAAAUAAUAAUUCAAACAAUUUACGAAUGUCGAUAUUCUCUACGACAAUUGAACAAAGCCAUUAUACUAUUUAGUACGAGAAAUUCAAGCUCCGUGAAAUAUGAAUGAACUUAAACUAUCUACUAUCAAUUCUGUAAAGAAAUCAUUAAAAAAAGGAUGAGUCCAACAUUUUGGUGUCUGACAUCAUAAAAUAAUCAGCAAAGAGUGUGGGCUCAUUGUUUAUCAUUUUCUCAUUAGAUUGCUCCAUUAAAUGACGAAUUCUGAUUACGAAUAUUCUUAAACAAUAUAUUUUUGUGCUCUAUUUAAAUUCAACAUUACCCGUAACUCAGGUGACGCGUAAAAAUUAUCAACUGUUAACGUUUUCUAUAAUUCAAAUUAUUUACUCAACUCUGCAUUUUUGAACGUGGAUUAAAAUGAGAAUUUUUACGUGCUAGUCGAACAUUUGAUCACUCGUUGUUAAUAGCUAUUUACAAAAUGGUAUUUAGACAAAAAGUCAAUGUAGCACGUAAUAAAUACAUCUGAGAAAUUAAA